AUGCCUCGAAGCGACAAGUUUUCACGGUCACGGACUGGAUGUCUACAAUGUCGAAAAAAGCACAAUAAAUGUGACGAACAACAGCCAAUUUGCUCAUUUUGUGCUUCACGGGAUUUGGACUGUCAAUAUUCAUCGGGUAUCAAAUGGGUUCGACCGAAAGAGCCAAUUCCGACAAGACAUAAGCCUCGCGGCAAAGACACCCGUCGAGCAAUCGAACAAAACAUACUAGGUCGACCUUCGGCACUUUUCGCACGGACAUGUUUUGAGUCCGCGGAAGACAAAUCUGCCUGGGAGUAUUACAUAAGCCUCGUUUCAUCCAAUGUCCCCGCUGUAGAUGGCCCGGACAACCCCUACCGGCAGGUCUCCAUCCCAGCCCUAUCAUCACCAAUUCUUCUCGAGACUAUUGUCUGUAUAUCGACAGAACAUAUGCUCAAUUUCGGAUUAGCCAGCAUUGAUCUCGCUGCCAAGCGCCAGCAGAGAAUGCUCAGAACGCUCGGACAAAACCUGCUCAGUAUCGACGACAAGGCCGCCUGCGGUGCAGGUACAGUCGUAUCCAGAAACAAACACGAGCGAGAAGCGCUCCUUACAGCCGUUGUUCUUCAGGGGAUCGUCGUCGCACAGUCAGCAGAUGGCGUACUGGAGCCCCACGUCAAGUGCGCCUCUUGGCUCAUGGAAGCAGUAGGCUACUACGACAAGAUACCACAAAAUCCCAUCGCACGCAUGACGGUACAACGCUUCGGCAUGGUCGAUGUAAUGCUAGCCAUCUCACGACAGCGAAGGCCAUACGCACCGCAGAACUUCAUACUCAACCAACCCGACCAGCAGCGCUGGGACACCACCGAGCCCUCCUUCCACAAGAUGACAGGAUGCCCACAGCCACUGAUGUGCUUCCUAGUACGAAUAGCGCAUCUAGCCUGCGACGUGAGCGAUGGGCUCGAAACAAAUAUAGGCGAAGGCGCCAUUCUCAACGAAGCAUUCCAACUCGAGACCGAGCUUCGCGCCUGGGGAUCCGGAUAUAAUGGAAUCCCACCGGCACAAUGUGAGCGCACGCCUCUGGAUAUUCUUACCGAGUGCUUUUACUGGACUGCUCAUUUGCUGCUUGCCCGUCGGGUGUUUCGAGACCAGACGUGCUCGCCACGCGUGCAGCAUUUAGUGCAUGUGUGUUUUGGGCUGAUGGAUCAUCUGUCAACGGGUUGUGGGCCCGAUUCGUCGCUGCCUCAGCCGUUUUACAUUGCCGCGAGGGAGGCUAUAUCCCCUGAAGAUCGUGUGUGGGUUCGACAGAAGCAUGAGUCUAUGACAGCUUAUUAUCGGGAACAACAGCGGAACUCGGCAAUGGAGCUGAUUGAACAGAUCUGGGAAGCUACGGAUAAGCUACGGGAGUUGGGUAAUGGUUCCGGUUGGCCAACGGGGAUUAAAUUGUCAAUUGUGGAUAGUUACGUGCAAGCGCUUGAUAGAGGGGCUUGUUUCUUCAUCUUCUGA